GCAGAUACGAAUAAAAGUGAUAUAUUACCUACCCACCUGAGGUGUCAUUGGUCUGGUCCAACCUACAUACUGGUUUUGCUCUUCGACCUAGAGUUUCUUGUCCCUGAACUUGCAAUAUCGAAACGCUGGCUUUUGUCGAACUUUUCCCAAACGUACCUUUCUUUUUGUUGAAUAUCCACUCUCCGAUCUCCGGAAGAAAAAAAAGGGCGGCAGACGGCAUACUUUUAGAGCCUCCAAGAAAAUUUCCCAGAGGAGAGUUGUUGACUCAGAGAGACAUCGUCUCGUCUCAUCUCAUCUCAAGCGACAGCUUACUUACCCGCCAUGGUGGCCAACAACUCCAAAUACUCGAGUACGCGGUACCACGACAGCUCACUACGUGAGUUCUUCAGUUUCGAAGACGUGGUCCUCAAAGGUCUCGCUUCCGAUGGAGGUCUCUUCCACCCACACGAGGUGCCCAACGUCGGGUCCGACAAAUACCUGGGAUGGAAGGAACUCUCGUUCCCAGAACUGGCAUACAAUGUCAUGAGACUCUACAUUGACAACCAUGAAAUCUCCGACGCAGAGCUCAAGGACAUCGUCAACAGAAGCUACUCGACGUUCCGCCAUCCGGACACGGUGCCCCUGGUUCCCCUCGACGAGGACAAGUCUUUGUACCUUCUCGAACUCUUCCACGGACCCACGUUCGCGUUCAAAGACGUCGCCCUUCAAUUCCUGGGAAACCUUUUCGAGUUCUUCCUGGUCCGAAAGAACAAGAACCUCGAGGGCGGCCCCAACGCAACCCGACACCAUCUGACCGUCAUUGGCGCCACCUCCGGCGACACGGGGUCUGCCGCCAUCUACGGUCUACGCGGCAAGAAGGACGUGAGCAUCUUCAUCAUGUUCCCCGACGGCAAGGUGAGUCCCGUGCAAGAGGCACAAAUGACCACGGUCCUCGACCCGAACGUGCACUGUCUUUCGGUCCAAGGCACGUUCGACGACUGCCAGGACUACGUCAAGGCGCUGUUUGCCGACCCGGAGACGAACAAGAUCCACCACCUUGCGGCGGUCAACUCGAUCAACUGGGCCCGCAUCCUCGCGCAGAUCACCUACUACUUCUCGGCCUACUUCCAACUCCUCAAGACCAAGCCCGACCUCGAAAAGGUCAAGUUUGUCGUGCCGACCGGCAACUUUGGCGACAUCCUGGCCGGGUACUACGCGCAACGCAUGGGCCUGCCCAUCGAGAAACUCGUCAUCGCCACCAACGAGAACGACAUCCUCCACCGCUUCUGGCGCACGGGGUCCUACAGCAAGUCGCCCAAGCCGGCCUCGGAGCCCCACGAGGGCAUCAAGGAGGACGGCGCGCAGGCCCACGAGGCGGGCGUCAAGGAGACGUACAGCCCCGCCAUGGACAUUCUGGUCUCGUCCAACUUUGAACGUCUGCUGUGGCACUUGAGCCUCGAACACGAACUCGAAACCAACCCGGAGGUCAAGUACGAGUCCUCGGUGCGCGCGGCCGGCCAGAAAAUCGACUCCUGGUUCCAGGACCUCAAGCGCACGGGGUCCUUCACCGUCCAACCCGAGAUCCUGAACAAGGCGAGGUCCAUCUUCGCCACCCACCGCGUCAGCAACGCCGAGACCCUGGACGCCAUCCGCGACUGCUACCGGGGAGACGCCAUCGCCAAAAAAGGUUACGUCCUCGACCCUCACUCGGCCAUCGGCGUCGCCGCGAGCUUGCGCGAGAUUGAACAGCAGAAGACGACGGCGGCGGCGCCGACCGUGUCCCUCGCCACCGCGCACGCCGCGAAAUUCGCCGGCGCGGUCGAACUCGCCCUGCAGAACGAAAAGGGGUUCGACUUCAACACGGUCCUGCCGGAACAGUUCGUCGGGUUGAACGACAAGGAGAGAAAAGUGUUGAAGGUGUCCAGCGACGAAGGGUUGUUUGGGAUUCGAAACAUCAUCACGAGGGAGGUCGAAAAGGAAAAGAUUGCCGCCCAUGCUCUGAAUGGAUCCUCUUCUUCUUGAUGACCAUGUUGGCUGGAAAAGGUGUUUCCCUAUAUACCUACGCAUUGGCCUCCCCGUGGUCAAAAUUGUCGGACUUUGACGAAGUUUGGAACUGCCGGAUUUUGGUUUGGAAACCCAAAAAAAUGGAGCUACUGUAGUACCUCCGCCUCGUGGAAUCCCCGGCCAGGUGAUUUUUGGUGAUUUUUGGAUAGACAAAGUACGGAAAGGGGGAGGCAAGUGCCGGGGAUAGUGCUUUUGAGGGGUUGAAACGAGAAAAUCCAUGCAUGUUUAUGAAAUGAGAAGUUGGUAUCUACCAUCGAUGCUUUUGGUAUGAUUCGAUCACGAGAGUAUGACUGUGUGUGUGAGAGAGAGAGAGAGAAAGACGCCCAACAAACAGAAAAAGAAAACAAAACGGGAGAAAAUGGGGGUCGCCCAUCGUAUGCGCAUAUCUCAGAUAGGUAGGUAGGUAUUCAUGUACUGGCCAUACUCUGUACAUGGUCUGGUACUGGCUCUGGCUCUGGCAAG